UCCGGACAGCCACAUCAUGGCGCUCAAGAAGGCAGCUUUGGCGGCGGGUGGCCUUACGGUCUACGGCGCCGGCGUGCUCGCCGCGUACGUGUACAUGUAUGACCCGAGCAAGGACAUGGCCAAUCAAAUCUCGGACGCUGAGCGCCAAGCUCGCUUCGACCGCAACUCGGCCAAGUACGAUCAAGAGAUUGGCACAGACGAAACCAUGGCUGGCAUUGGCCUCAUGCGGCGCUUCCUCCUAAAGCACGCACAAGGGUCCAUCCUCGAGGUGGCGGCUGGCACGGGCCGUAACCUGCCCUACUACGCACCAGAGGCCGACGUGCUCCUGACCGAUCUCAGCGCUAGCAUGCUUGCGCAAAUCGAGCGCUCAAAACUUGCGCCAACAUGAAGACCGCCGUCAUGAGCGCAGAGGCCUUGGACCUGCCGAACGACUCAUUCGACACGGUGAUCGACACGUUUGCUCUGUGCAGCGUCGACCACCCGGCCGUCAUGCUCGCCGAGAUGCAGCGCGUGUGCAAGAAGAAUGGUGGGAAGAUCCUGCUUCUCGAGCACGGGCGUAGUCACUACG